AUGGGGAAGACCUCCGUGCAAGAGAUGUGUGAAAGGCCGACACCAUCGCACCGGUCCCUAUCCCUUAUAAACACACACCCAGCGUCCUUACUGGGAGAUCACGGGCCCCGGCCCCUAUUCCUGCCCAGACACCCAUUAUUAGUGAGACCGUUUGUGGUACCCAAGAAAUCACAGAUUCCUUCCCCUGCAGGAGAAGACUAUGAAAAUGAAAUGGAGAAACUUAAAGCUGCACCAAAAUUACCGGUUCAGAAGAGAGUUUUGCCCCCACCCCCAUCCACACAGAUUGAAACUCCAGCACCACAGACAAUUGGAUCAAAAGAACCGACAGAGGCCCAGUUACUGUUGCAGAGGUGGUACCACGGCAGUAUGUCUAGAGAUGAGGCCAAAGAAAAACUGUUUUCAUAUAAUAUGGAUGGAAUGUACCUUAUUCGAAGAAGUGCCAAGAAUCCUUCUCAGCCAUUUACCCUGCAGAUAUACUUUGCAAAGAACGAUUUCAACCUUCCAAUCAGAAAAAGUGGCUCUGGCUAUCAAGUAGGAGCCAACACACAGACAUUUCCUUCUCUACUAGAAAUAGUUAACACCUUCAAGAAAAGUCGACUUGUACUCAACCAAACCAUACAAACCACUUUAGUGAAAUCUCUACCCAAAACUUAAAAACAAAUUGUUAUUGUAUAUAUUCAUUUUCUCAUCUUAAUAUUAUUAUGUCAAGAACACAUUGCAUGGACGCUUGGAAAAACUAUGCAAAUUAUUUUUGUUUUUGCAAAUAUUUUUUAUGUGCAGAGAUGGUAUCAUAGAAACAACGGUACUAUUGUGUGAAAUGCGCAACCAUGUAAAACACGCGCCUUCUAUUAAAAUUAAAACUUGGAGAUAAACACUUUGCUAUAUGCAAAGUAUACAACAUGUAUCUCAGCCUUUCAUUAAAAAAAAUAUCAUGUUUUAGUUAUUGUUUAAAACUUUUAAUAAAAGAAUAGGCAAAAUAUGUUGUCACUGUUUUUAGAGCCCGUAUAUUGAAUUAUUUUCAGAAAAAAAUAUCGUUAUUGACCUCAAAAGAUAAAUGUAUCAUGUUUGACCUCAAAAAAGAAACUUCAGUAUACUAACUAUAUUUGGUAAUUUUGUAUUGAACUAUUACACCAACAAUUCUUUAUUGUAUUACACCAACCAUUAAUUAUUAGUGUUACAUGUUUACUAUAAUAUCAACUUUUAAUUGUUACUGUUCCUUGUUUCCUAUAACACCAACCAUAAUUUUUUUGUUGUUUCUUGUUUACUAUUAUACCAAGAAUUAAUUAUUGCUGUUUCUUGUUUACUAUUACACCAAGAAUUAAUUAUUGCUGUUAAUUGUUUACUAUUACACCAAAUUAGAAAAUAUUAAUUGUUGCUGUUCAUUGCUUACUAUAACACCAUACUACUAUAGUAUGUACAUGGUAUAACUUUCAACUGUUACUUGUUUUCUAUUACAGCGACCUUUACUUAUUGCUGUUACUUGCCAACUAUUACACCAAUAAUUAAUUGCAUGUUGUUGUUACAUGUUUACUAUAAAACCAACCAUUAAUCGGUGUUGUUACUUGUAAACUAUUACACCAACCAUUAAUUAUUGCUGUUACCUGUUCAAACCAAAGGGUUAUUAUUUUUCCAGAUCUGACAAACGACGGUUGCUUAUCAUUGAUCUGUAUGAAAAUGUCAAGAAAUACAACAUAAUAAGUAUAUGAUCAUACAUUGUCCAUCAAAAAACAGACUGGUCCAUGAGCCUUCAUAUUAUGACCAAUCCUGUAAGUUUAUUGAUGCACUAUUUGGAAGAUAUACAAUACUUUUUAUAUUGCUCAAACAUACAUUGCUGUGUUUUUGUCACAUUUAAUUUUAUUAUUGAGAUAUCAUGAAAAAUUCUGACUACUAUUGAGCAACCAAUUGCAUUUAAAGGGACUUGUUCACAGUUUGGUAAAAUUACAAAUUAAAAAAAAUUGUCAUGUAUGGAAAUGUACAACAGGGAACAACAGGUUACACUCAACUCUUUUUAAGUACCAAACAUCACAGGCCUGAUUGUAGAUGUUGACGUUUUAGUUGUGAACAUAAAAUACUUAUUAAAAUUAUAUACUUCAUAUUUUUAUUUUUACAAUUUCAUAAUUUUAAACUCAUCAUUCGUCAUAAAAAUGUAAAUAAACAAUCUAUAAUAUAUAUUUUUGUAUAAUUUAUUUACCUUAUAACAGUUGCUUUUAUUCUUAUAAAAGGACUUAUCAAAAGUAUGUUAUUCAAAUUAUUUUAAUCAUUUACAGAUAUGAACAUUUUUAAGAAAUGCAUUUUUAUAUUGUUUGUAACAAAAUGCUAAUUGGUACAAACAAAAAAUACAUUUCUAUACAAGCUUAUUUUCAAUAGAUAUUACACAGGAACUCUAUUAUUAAAAUUAUACAUUAUUUUAUUGCUGUUGAUGCGUUUUUAUAUUGUGAAUGGUAGAAUGACCUUUAAAAAGAAAUAUAAACGAUUUCUGCAAAGUAGUGUAUAUUUCAACAUAUACAUGUUUAUGAGCUCUUUAUCUUUAAUAGCCUGUAUAUUCUAUGACAGAAAGCAAAAGGCAGAUUGCAAGAUGUGUCAUGUUACAAUCAAAUUAUGGAUAAGCAACUUAUUUUUCAAGAACAAAGAUACUAGUUAGAGCUAUUUAUGUGCUCUUAAUUCAAGCAUAGAUUUCUGUAUGUCUCUGUAAGACCAAAGCUUUUCAUGCAGUAAUGUUAAAAAAGUUGUUAAAUAACUCAUGUAUUCCACUGAUAAGCAUUUCUGUUCUUUUUAAACCAGAAAAUACAAAGUUCUUUGACAGAUAAGGUAAAACCAAUAAUACUUUGCAAAGUUUCACAACAGUUGUAACAAUUUAAAAAUAGAUGUAUAUUUUUAAGGGAUCAGGGUUUAAGGGUAAUUAAUUAACCAGGCUUUUAUUAACCUAUAUAUCUCUGUUAUGAUUAUGUUUUAAAGAAAGUAUCUUUACAACAGAAAUGUUGGUAUGUCAAACAUACUUCUUAUUUUGUUAUUACUUGACUUUGCUAUUUUCAACUCAUUUGCAUUUGCUAAAGUUGUUAUUUUGUUUUAUAAGAUAUUAACUUUUGUAUGCAUUAAAUGUCUUAUAAAAUUGAAA